AUGACGGUCGCUACCAGGACGGUGGUCGUUAUGCCUCCUGUCCCCAAUCGGGAGGACUUAGAUGCGACAUGGAAAUACCUCGAGGCUGGAGUAUCAAAAGUCAUGUUACAAUUGGCAGAUGGUGUCGAUAUGAAUACUUAUAUGGGAGUAUACACAGCUGUGCAUAAUUUCUGUACAUCACAAAAGGCAGUCAGCAACCAUGGCCCAGGAGUAAUCGGAGGUGCGCAUCGCGGAGCACACCUUCUGGGUGAAGAUCUAUACAAAAACCUCAUCAAAUACCUAACACAGUAUCUCAAGGAACUCGUUCUCGCCUCUAAGACACAUAGCGACGAAGCUCUCCUUAGUUUCUAUAUUCGGGAAUGGGAUAGAUACACGACAGCAGCAAAAUAUGUCAACCACUUGUUCCGAUACCUUAAUCGUCAUUGGGUAAAGCGAGAAAUGGACGAGGGAAAAAAGAACAUUUACGAUGUUUACACUCUACACCUUGUUCAAUGGAGAGAAACCCUGUUCACAGCUGUCCACUCAAAGGUUAUGGAUGCUGUUCUCAAGAUGGUUGAGAGGCAAAGAAAUGGAGAGACUAUCGAGCAUAACCAGAUCAAGGCCAUUGUUGAUUCUUUCGUAUCACUUGGGUUGGAUGAAUCGGAUCCUACUAAAUCGACCCUCGAUGUUUACCGUUUCCACUUUGAGAAGCCAUUUUUAGAAGCCACCGAAGCUUUCUACCGAACGGAAUCAAAAGAAUUUGUCGCGGAAAAUAGUAUAGUAGAAUACAUGAAGAAGGCCGAAAUUCGAUUGGCAGAAGAGGAAGAGCGAGUUAGAAUGUAUCUACACCAGGACAUCAUCAUUCCAUUGAAGAAAGCCUGCAACACUGCUCUUAUUGCAGACCACUCCGUACUUCUUCGAGACGAGUUUCAGGUUCUUUUGGAUAAUGAUCGAUAUGACGAUAUGGCACGCAUGUACAACUUGCUGGCAAGAAUUCCAGAUGGUCUUGAACCACUCCGUACCAGAUUCGAGGCUCAUGUUCGUAACGCCGGUCUUGCAUCAGCAGCAAAAGUCGCUAGUGAGGGUGAUAAGCUCGAACCUAAGGUUUAUGUGGAUGCUCUUCUCGAGAUUCACACACAAUAUUCAGGUCUUGUAAAACAAGCAUUCAAGGAUGAGCCCGAGUUUACUAGGUCUCUUGAUAACGCAUGCAAGGAGUUUGUGAACCGCAAUAAAAUCUGCAAAUCUGGGUCCAACAAAUCCCCUGAAUUGCUCGCCAAAUAUGCCGAUUCGUUAUUGAAGAAGAGUGCCAGUGGAGCUGAGGAGAGUGAUAUCGAGAACUCUCUUACCCAAAUUAUGACAGUCUUCAAGUAUAUUGAAGACAAGGAUGUGUUCCAGAAGUUCUACUCGCGUAUGCUUGCUCGUAGAUUGGUUCACACCAGUUCUUCGUCAGAUGAUGCUGAGACGAGCAUGAUCAGCAAGUUGAAGGAAGCAUGUGGAUUCGAAUAUACCAACAAGCUUCAACGUAUGUUCCAGGACAUUCAAAUCUCGAAGGAUUUGAAUAGCGGCUUCAAGGAAUUUGAGGGAGGAAUCUUUACUGGAGGCGAAGAAAAGCCAAUCGAUGCUAGUUACUCAAUUCUGGGUACGGGUAUGUGGCCUUUGAAUCCACCAAAUACAGAUUUCACACCACCAGUGGAAAUUUCCAAGGCCUAUGAGCGAUUCCAAAAUUUCUACAACCAGAAGCACAGUGGUAGAAAACUCACGUGGCUUUGGCAAUUGUGCAAGGGCGAGAUCAAGGCCAACUAUUGUAAAAACCAAAAGACUCCAUAUACUUUCCAGGUUUCGACUUAUCAAAUGGCCAUCCUUUUGUUGUUUAACGAGAGCGAUAAGAAUAGCUAUGAAGAUAUCGCCAAGGCAACUCAAUUACAGGCUGAUAUCCUUGAUCCCACCCUUGCUAUUUUCUUGAAAUCCAAGGUCCUCACUAUGAGUCCAGCAGAUGAUAAGCCAGGACCUGGCAAAACCUUUAACUUGAACUAUGAUUUCAAGAGCAAGAAGAUUCGUGUCAAUCUUAAUAUCGCUAUCAAGUCGGAGCAAAAGCAAGAGGUUGAUGAGACUCACAAGACUAUUGAGGAAGACAGAAAGCUGCUCAUGCAGUCUGCCAUUGUUCGUAUCAUGAAGGCACGAAAGAAGAUGAAGCACAGCGUUCUUGUUGCCGAGACCAUCAGUCAAAUUCGCACCCGAUUCUCACCAAAGGUUCCAGAUAUCAAGAAGUGUAUUGAUAUCUUACUGGAGAAAGAAUAUCUAGAGCGACUCGACGAUGAUGAGCUUGGAUAUCUUGCAUGA